GUCCCCGGGGCCGCGAGCGGGGAGCGCCGAGCAGGGCGCCGGGAGCCGAGCGCGCCGGGCUGGGGCCGGGGCCGGAGCGGAGCGGAGAGCGAGCGCGCCCGCCCCAGCCCCGAGUCCCGCCGCCUUCCCUCCCGCCGCAGCGCCGGCCCAGCGGCCGCCGCCCCAGCCAUGGAGCAAGACAACAGCCCCCGGAAGAUCCAGUUCACGGUCCCGCUGCUGGAGCCGCACCUUGACCCCGAGGCGGCGGAGCAGAUUCGGAGGCGCCGUCCCACCCCCGCCACCCUCGUGCUGACCAGUGACCAGUCAUCCCCAGAGAUAGAUGAAGACCGGAUCCCCAACCCGCUUCUCAAGUCCACUUUGUCCAUGUCUCCACGGCAACGGAAGAAGGUGACGAGGACCACACCCACAAUGAAAGAGCUCCAGAUGAUGGUUGAACAUCACCUGGGGCAACAGCAGCAGGGAGAGGAACCUGAGGGAGCCGCCGAGAGCACAGGGACCCAGGAGUCCUGCCCACCUGGGAUCACAGACACAGAAGCGGAGUUAAGGCUGGGCCCUUCUGGGAAAGCACAAAAGCCUGCAGAAUCCAUCCCUAAAACUCAGGAGAGGGGCAGUGAGAAACCCAGCACAGAGGAACCCACAACCCAUAUACCACCAUUGGAUUCCCAGGGAGCCAACUCGGUCUGAGAGUGAAGGAGGUAUCCUGGAAUCAAGACUGCAGUUGGGAUGCAUGGACACUGGAUUUGUUUCUUAUUCUUCACUUUUGGGAAAAAUCUCCUGUUUUUAAAAAGUGAUAAAUUUGGUGUUAGGUG